UCAAUUUGUUGUCAAAGUCACAUUGAUUGAUUGUUGCUGUGUCGGCGAAUCAGUAAUCUCGCUCUAUUUGUGAAUUCUUAUUUGCGAAUCCAAGAAGAAAGUGUAGCACAUCAUUGUCGAUAUCAUUCUAAUAAAUCAAUACUGUUAGCAUAUAAGUAAUUAUUUAGCAGUGAAAAGUUUUUAUUUAAUUUACAAUGAACAAGACAUUAUUUUUUUUAGUUUUUGUUUGCAUUUCUGUAAGUUUAGCUAAGAAAGCCAACGAUGAAGAAAAGCCGGAUUGGGCUAAGAAGGAUAUAAGAGAUUUCUCCGAUGCUGAUAUGGAAAGAUUAUUUGACCAAUGGGAAGAAGAUGAGGAACCCUUACCAGAAGAUGAAUUACCAGAACACCUUCGAAAACCUCCCUCAAUAGAUUUCACCAAGCUGGAUAUGUCUGACCCAGCAAAUGUCUUACAAGCAACUAAAAAAGGACAAACUUUGAUGAUGUUUGUCUCUGUAGCGAACAAGCCCUCCAGAGCAAGGACUGAGGAACUUACAAAGAUCUGGCAGACCAGUUUGUGGAGUAACCAUAUUCAAGUUGAAAGAUAUCUUGUAGAUGAUGACAGAGCAAUUUUUAUGUUCAAAGAUGGAUCUCAGGCUUGGACUGCAAAGGAAUUUCUUUUGGAACAGGAAGAACUUAAAGAGGUGCAGCUAGAAAGUCAAACUUAUACAGGAAAGAAACCCGAUGUUAAAAAUAAGUCUCUUCGGGAUGAGUUAUAAUAAUAAGUCAUUAUAAGCUAUAUCUACAGUGAGUUUCCAGACAGCAUUUAUCAUAAUAAGAAUAGCAUUUUUUAUAUUGUUAUCAUUACAGUUUUAUUUACAGAACUUGGAAACUGAUAAUUAUAUUAUAUAUACUGUCUACAGAAUUAAUUUAUACAUAAGUUUAACUGUGUGAGUGAAUAUUUGUUUAGUGUCAAUUUUUAUCUGUACAUUAAGGAAAUUAGCUUAUUUCUAAAAAGUUUGAAUCUAUUUUUCGCUAUCAAUCUUUUUUAUAAAUAAAAUAUGUGAAUGUGUACAGAGUUCUUUAAUUAAAAAAUACAGUGAUUGUGUGAGAAUGUAACAUUGUUGAUGCAAAACAAUAUCUUAUGAUGAUGAUGCAAAACAUUGUGAUA